UUUUCGUUUGGGACUUGAUCGAAUUUUGAUCCUGUCCUAGACAGGCCGGAGUGAUGAACAACGGCAACAACCCGCAGCAGCAGGGUCAGGGUCCCCCCCAGCAGCCGCAACCAGCGCAGCCAGCGCCACCUCCACCGCCACCACCGCCGCCCGGACCACCGCCCGCAGCUCACCAACAACAGAGCAGCGGCGGCGGAGGAGCAGCAGCAGCGGCAGCUCCCCACGGUGGCGGACAGGCAGGAGCAGCGGGAGACCAGCCAGCAGCGGCGGUGGGAAACCAACAGGCGGCGGCGGGAAACAACAACGCGCCCCCGGCAGCAGGAGGCGACCAGAACGCGGGCGGAGCCGCGCCAGCCGGGCUGGGAGGCCCACCUCCCCCCCUCAACCCAGUCCAGCUACUGCUGCAAAUGUCGGUACUCCUAAAAGAGCAAAGCGACCGACUCGGCAACCUGGAGAUCAGGAUGCAGCAGCAGCAGCAGCAGCAGCAGCAGCAGC